GACCAUCGUAGGUGUAGUGUGUGCAAGGAGACCAAAAGCAGUAGUGGGGGUCUUAGAUUGUGCAGCAGUACCCUUUUUAGUGUAGUUAGGCCGUAGUUUUUUGGGAAACAACACAAAAUACAACCAAACAGUUGUGUGUCCGUUUAGUAGUGUGAACGUUCCUGCUGUGGAAAAAAAUACAAAUACAAACAUACAAAGAAAAAAAUCAAUAUAAACAAACUGUGCGCCUUGUUGUUAUUGUAAAAAAAUAAUUAUUCUAUUUGAAUAUAUACAUAUAUAUAUAUAUUUGAUUAUAUAUAUACACCACGCACUUUUUUGCCGGCAAAAAUUAGUCCAAGUAUAGUUGACUGGACAAUGGAGAAUGAAACACAUCAAAAUUGUUCCAGUAACCCAGGCCAAAAUGAUGCCGCUCACGACCCCGGAAAAAUGUUCGUCGGCGGGCUGAGUUGGCAAACGGCACCUGAGGGACUCAGGGAGUACUUUAGUAAAUUUGGGGAGAUCACAGAAGUGAUGGUCAUGAAGGACCCCACAACCAGACGAUCUCGGGGUUUCGGAUUCGUAACCUUCGCAGAUCCAACUAGUGUAGAUAAAGUGUUAGCUAGUGGCACCCACGAACUAGAUGGUAAAAAGAUCGACCCCAAAGUUGCCUUUCCAAAACGGGCACACCCAAAGAUGGUAACCAGGACCAAGAAAGUAUUUGUUGGAGGGCUCUCAGCCCCCACUACUUUAGAGGAUGUGAAAAACUACUUCCAGCAAUUUGGUAGAAUAGAAGAUGCUAUGUUGAUGUUCGACAAACAGACCAACAGACAUAGGGGUUUUGGGUUCGUCACAUUUGAAAAUGAGGAUGUCGUUGACAAGGUCUGCGAGAUUCAUUUUCAUGAAAUCAACAACAAAAUGGUGGAAUGCAAGAAGGCCCAGCCCAAGGAGGUGAUGAUGCCCAGUAACGUUGCGCGCGGACGGGGAGCAGGUAGGGCUGCGUACGAUAUUGUAUGGCCUUUGGGAGCUCUCACUGAUGGUAAUGAUGGAAUGUUAUGCGUUCCACUUACUACAGCAUCUCGAACAGCAGCUGGUUUCGCAGCUUACAGCUACGGACGUGGAGGAUUCCCGGGCUAUCCAAGCUUCAGCUACCCUUUCGCAGUGGAAUUGAAUGGUCAGCAGACUUCACCUCCACUUCUAACUCAAGCGCUUUCCGUGAUCAACAAUUAUGGACCGCAGAGUUUUGCCCAGCCUACAUCUCCUGCUAACAGUCGCGGCUUUCCCGCCACCAACAGCCCUGGACCCAUCGACCUCUAUACCUCUGGUCAAGACAGUGUUGGCUAUGUGCAAGCCACCAGCCCCCAACCCACGGGCUUCCCACCUAUUGCUGUAAGUAGGAUUGGAAUGCGCUUUCACUCAGGUAUGGAGGAAGAGGAUAAACGAACUGUGUAUGGACAGCCUUGUGUUUUGCAACAAGUGGCACCAGUUCUUGCUUCCCUUUCCUUGGAUUUGGUGCCCGAAAGAGCGCACUUAAUUUGUGGUUGAUUCUUCUUACUCACUCCUCCACCAAAGCAUUAUUAUUAUUGAUUAGAAAAUGAACACGUGCUCGCCACUCUUGAUUUUUUUUUUCUCCCUUCAUUUUGUGUGUUUUCAUAUAAUUUGAACUAAUCCAAACUGGGCAGAAAAAGAACUUAAUGGGAGAAAUUUUCGUUUUUCCCACCUGUAGUGAAAGACAUGCAGCUCGGUUUAUUUCUCCUCCCAAGACAUUACUACUAUACUGUGUGCUUCUUAUUACAUACAUUAUAUAUAUAUAUUGACAUUAUAUAUACACAACCCCAGAUGAACUGCAGCAUUUAACUAUCAAGAAUUGCAAAUCUAUAUAUUAUAAGAAUAGCUUGACGUUGUAACUGUUAAUCGUAAUGUGUUCUAAAGACAGCUUCUUUUGGUUUUUACUGUAAUAAUGUAAUGAUAUUGAACUUUUUACUUGUUGAAUAUAGGCAUCACAGUUGUCAUUGUGUUCUCACUGCUUCUUUACCUUUUUCAAGAAUGAAAUCCCGUUUACUUGGGUUUUUCUUCCGAAAGAAAAUCCAUCGUAAAUUUAAAAAAGAUACCAGAGGCCUUCAGCAUUGCAUAUAACAACGAAUUCCAGCAGCACUCUAUUGUUACUUAUUUAUUACUAUUAACACUGGCAUUUACUUAGUAAGCUUUACUGGAAGCCAUUUUUUUUAUUUUAUUUGCAAAAACAAAAAAAUAAUCAUACAGAAAUGAUUUUUUUUUUUGAAUUUUUUCUGUGCAUUUUUUUGUUUGUUUUUCUCUUUUUAUGUGUAAUUUUAUGGUGUUUUAUAUAUGUUGGCCAAUUUCAGUAUCUGGUCAUGUAUUUAGCCAAGCAUUUGUUUCUUUUUUUUUCAUGUGAAAUUGAUAUGUUUUAAUGUGUAUUAUCCUGUGGCAGCCCAAAAUUCAAUUAAUUUUUUAUGAUAAUUUAGUUUUGUGAUGCUUUUACCAACUUUUUUUAGCCAUUUAUGAAUAUUUAUUGAUAAGAAAAGCAUAAAUUAUAUGCAUCAAGUUAUGUAUAAUUGCUGUUACAUUUUAUUUUAGCAUUGUGUUAUAUAAAAAUUAAAAAUUAUUAUAAAAUAUUUACCAUUAAUAUUAUUCAUAAAAAAUCAUUAAAAAAUUCUGCAUUUAAUAAAUGAUUAUUAUAUUAGAUGCUAAGAGAGAUUAACAGAAUUUAUUAUAUAGAUAAUUUGUAGUUAAGCAUUUUUCAUCCUUAAAAUUAUGAUUUAUAUAAUGAAAUCUAGAAAGAAUUUUUCUUUGAAAUUUAUCUCCGAAAUGUGAUUUCGUGAUCGUAAGGUACAAACACCAUAGUACAAAAAGGAAUUAAACUAUUAUUUCUUUUGUUGGAUGCUUUUAAUUAGAAAUAUGAUUUCUAACUUGGAAAGAAUUCAUUUCGAUUCCAUUAACCGAACAUAUCUACUCAAAUUAUCACAUAUAGCAUCUAUCAUUUUUAUAAUAUCCAAUGUUAAAGAAAGUAGAAAUUGCAGUAUUUUUUUAUUUUUGCAAUAAUUUAUUUUCAAUAUAAAUGAAAAAUUAAUACGAAAACAUACUUAUACAAUUCUAAAUGAAAGUUAGUCUUUCAUAUAUGAUUAAUUC